AUGAGUGCAUUUGUCAAACCACAGGGACAUGGUCAUUCCCAUCCUGCCUCUACUCAUCUUACGAUAGGACAGAGAAAUAGAUCUGAUAACAAUAGUAACAGUAAUAAUAACAACAAUAAUAACAACAACAGUACAACACCUUUAUCACCAGAUAGUAAUAAUAAUAUUAGUAAUAAUAUUGUAGAUAUUGGUCAUAGUGGCAGAAUAGAAAUAUUGUCAGAUCGAUUCAAUAGUUUGACGGUUGAUGGUUUAAUUAUGGAAGAUUACGCUUUCUAUGCACAUAAUGUCAGUACACUUGAUCAAAGUAACGACCAAGACGAGGAUGAAUUUGGAGAUACACCAUCACCCCAACCUCAAACCCAACCACUAGACGACGACAACGACGAAGAAGAAGGGGAGAUUGAACGAAAAGGGGAAGGAGAGGAAGAAGAGUUUGAUCAAGUAGUACACAAGAGCGUUAGAACAAAAGGAGGAGAGUUUACAAAUUCAAUGACUCUUGAAACACCGGUUAUCGAUUUCUUGACGAGUUUAGAAGACGACGACGACAACAACAACAACAACGAAACAAUGUCACCAGAUACCGAGUUUGGAGAUAUACAACAAGAAGAGGAACAACAACGAAAUCGGUCAGACUCUUUGGACAAUAACAACUUUAUCGAGUUUGAACCAACCUAUCAUGAAUUGGUACAAGAAAUGACCGUAUCAACCACCAAAGACAAGAUUAUCAUUAGACCUAGAAUACCAGACAAUGCAAGAGACAAGGAUGGUUUCAUUUCACCAGCUCAACUAUUACAACAAGAAUAUAUAAUCAUUGAUAGAAAUACUUUUGAUAUUACUCUUGUUUCUCCAAAUAAUAAUAUUAAUAAUAAUAGUAAUAAUGAUACGAUGAACGAAUCUGAAACAACAACGACAACAACAACAUUCACAGAAUUGAUAGUCAAUUCAAAUACAAAUACAAAUACAAAUGCACCAUCAAGAUCAUCAUCACCUCAAAAUAUAACAAACAAUUCAUUGUCAUCAUCAUUGAUGGGGGGAUCAAUCAAUGCCAAUAUAUUAUUAUCAACUGGGUCACCAUCAACAUCCCCUUCAACAUCACCACACAAUAGUUUCAACUAUAACAAUAAUAAUAAUAAUAGUAGUGGUAGAGAUGGAACAACAAGUAAUAAUGGUAGUGGUAUUAUUGGUAAUACACAAUUUAUCGUUGCCUAUGGUAUCAUUGGUGUGAUCAAGUUGAUAUCUGGACCACAUUUAAUACUGAUUACAGAGAAAAAGUUGGUUGGUAAUAUGGGUGGCAAGUCAGUCUAUGAGAUUGACCAAUGUCACUUUUUACCAAUUGCCACAAAUAUAGAGUUGGGAGAGCACGAGAAACGACUGGAAUCAACACAUAAAAAGUCUCUAAAGUCACUACUCAACUCUGACUUUUACUUUUCCUAUCAGUUUGAUCUCUCCAACUCGUUGCAACGUACCAGUGUACUCAACCAGUACGACAAGGUAAACCACUUGUUUGAAAAGUUUGAAGACCGUUUCUAUUGGAAUAGAUACCUUCAACAACAACUAAUCGACCAAAAGAUGCACAGUUGGAUCCUACCAAUCAUUAGAGGUCACGUAGAAGUUUACAAUUUCUUUUUAGAUGGUUGUAGUUUUGAGUUUGGUAUUAUAUCACGUAGAAGCAAGGUACGUGCUGGUACUCGUUACAAUACACGUGGUUCAGAUCAAAAUGGUAGUGUAGCCAAUUAUGUAGAAACUGAACAAAUUUUAAAUUGUACUAUUAGUAAUCAACAAAAUAACAAUAACAAUAAUAAUAAUAAUAAUCAAAAUAAUAAUAACAACAUGAAUAUAUCGACAUCAUCAACAACAACAACACCGAAAACAUUUUCAUUAAUUCAAAUUAGAGGCUCAAUUCCACUUUUAUGGGAACAAUCAGGUUAUAAAAUUAAACCAGUCAUUAAAAUUAAUAAUGAUCAAAAUUUAAAUAUACAAGUAUUUAAAUCACAUUUUAAUCAACAAAUUAGUUUUUAUGGACCUCAAACCAUUGUAACAUUAUUAGAUCAAAAAGGAAGUGAAUCAGAAUUGGGAGAUUUAUAUAAACAAACAUUGAAACAAACCGAUUAUCAAACCAACGAGGUUGACUUUUUUGGUUUUGAUUUCCACCAUUUCUGUCAAGGCGGUCGUUUUGAUCGUGUCGAGAUUCUCAUUGACAAUUUGGAAGAGGUGAUUGACAAGAUUGGCUAUUUGGAGAGAGACCCAACUGGAUACCAAUCCUAUCAAAACGGAUCGAUUCGUACAAAUUGUUUGGAUUGUUUGGAUCGUACCAAUUUGGUGCAGAGUAUGAUUGGUCUCAAGGUACUAGAGAGUCAAUUCCAAAAGGUCGGUGUAGACUGGCGAUCCAAUCUCCAAAGAGAUGCCACCACCUCCAAUGCUGCACAUGUACUCAAACAGAUCAAACUUAGUUGGGCCAACAAUGGUGAUGCCAUCAGCCGACAAUAUGCAGGUACAAGUGCACUCAAAGGUGACUUUACAAGAACUGGCAAGAGAAAUACAAAAGGUGUAUUCAAAGAUGGUGUCAAUUCUCUCACUCGUUACUAUAUCAAUACCUUUCAAGAUAAACUACGUCAAAUCUCGAUCGACCUCCUUUUAGGUAUCAACACCAUCGAAGCAAAUACCAUGAAGGUUAUGGCCAGUCAAAAGGAUUGUGAUUGGGGUGAAUCAAGAAUGAAAGCAAUCAAUAAUUGUGUUGACCAUUUUCUUCAAUAUGAAAAAGAUGAUCAAAGUGGUUUUAUUAAUGCUUGGAUUGUUAUUAGUAUUAACAAGAGAAAUCAAGAACAAGAAAGAAUAUUUUUAUUGACACCAACACAUAUGGUUAGAUGUAAAUAUAAUUUCAAUGAAAACAAGAUUGUUCAUUAUAAACAAGUACACCUAUCAACUCUUAAAAAGAUACAAAAGGGGUUCAUUCUAUCAAGUGAUGGUAAAAAAUUAUCAUAUGGUAUGAGAAUAUAUUAUGAUAAUAAUAAAUCAAUGAUAAAGAAAUCAAGUGCUCCAAGUAGUAGUAGUAGUAAUAAUGGUAAUGGUAGUAAUGGUGGUACCACUAAUGGUGGUAAUACAGAUAGACCAACAUCAAUGACAUCAUCAUCAAGUGGUAUUAAAAUCCCGCAAUCAACAAAUGCAAGACACAAUACUAUUGGUUAUUCUACAUCACCACCACCACCAUCAACAACAUCACCUCUCUCAAAUGGAAAUGGAAAUGGUAGCCAAAUAUCUCUAACUAGUAGUAAUAGUUCAAUUGAAACACCAACAAAACAACAACAACCAGAGGUUGAUAUGGCAGAGUUAAAGGAUCUAUCCUAUCAAACCUAUAUUGUACCAAUUCCCGAAGGAGAAUCAAUCGAUUUUGGAAAGGAUCUUGUCACUGAAAUGGGAGAGACCAUCAAAGAAUGUUUUUCGAAUCUCUUGGGAUACUCUUCAUCUACUCUUACUGCUCUUCCCAUUGGUCAAUCUUUUAUCUUUGAAAAGGAUUUUAGAAGAAAAACAAAUACUUUUGGUGCUGCUUAUAAUGGUUUGAAAUUGGGAUUCUAUUCAAAAUCACCAACUAUUGGAACAUCAUCAAUGGGUAUAAGAUCAAGAGGAUUUAUAAGUAAUAGUAAUAAUGGAACAAAUAGUCCUAGUAACACCAAUAAUAAUAAUAGUAAUAGUAAUAAUAAUGGUGGAACCACUGGUAGUCAUCAAGGAAGUCCCAAUGUCAAAAGACGUAGUUGUAGUUUUGAUGCAACUGCCAUCUCCUCUUUAAAUACAAGUGGCGGUGAUUGGGGAAGAAAAUAA